CACGGUUUCAGACCCUAGCAUCAAUGGCACGGAUGUUGAGGUUGAUAGAAUCCCUGAAAAUAACUGGAACAUCCCCCGUUGUUGGACUGCUUGUAAUCUAUAUGUCCUUCCAGGUUCUGGUGUGUAUGUGCAGCAUUGAGUAUAGGAAUUCUCCGGAAUGUAACAAACCUUUCGCUUGCGGACUCGUCCGAGAUCUGCGGUAUCCGUUCCGACAAAGGGGUAGUCCGGCAUAUUGCGGCGAACCGGGAUUCGAGAUUUAUUGCAGUAAGAGUGGUAAUCCCAUGAUUAACAUCAGUUCACGCAGUUACCAAAUUCUGGUAUACAACACCACCCUUAAGUCUCUCACUCUUGCUCCUAUGGAUAAUUCGGAUAGUGUGCUUUGUCCCCGGCACCUUGUCAACACAUCUUUGAAUCUCCGCCCUUUCCGUGCUGCUUGGAAUACUCGGAACAUAUCGCUCUUUUACGAUUGCCCUGCCGUUGCGAAUCAGUAUGAAGGGCUUGCUAAUCAUCAGUUCAAUUGCAGCAUGAAUGGAACUGAUACUUUAGGCUACUUCGUGGUCACAUCUUUGUUUUCUAACCUCUCGGCUGAAGCAAAGGGUGCAUUGAGAUCGUGUCGUAGUAAAGUUCUCGUCCCGGCAUUCGCUUCAAUAUUACAGGUUUUGGAGCACGGACCGAGUCCAGCUACUCUGAACGUCACACUUGAUAAUGGCUUUGCAGUGCAAUGGGAAGAAAACAAUCCCAUCACAGGGUCAUCAGAUGGUUUCGGUUCAACGUUUAAGUUAGCCAUAGGCUUGGGUGUGGCUGCAGUUGUUGUUUUGGUAAUCGCGGUUAUGGUGGUAACUUUCCGGAUUAAGAAAGAAUCGUUGUCAAGAGGAGUGUUGUUGAAGUUACAAAGAGGGAAAAGGAAGCAAUGGGAAAGGAUUGAGGCUUACAUAUUGAAGUACGGCUCCGAACUUGCUCCGAAACGAUAUUCCUACGCAGACAUCAAGAAAAUAACCAAGUCGUUCAAAGACGAACUCGGUCAAGGUGGAUUCGGAACCGUAUAUAAAGGUACGUUACCGGACGGACGACUUGUUGCCGUAAAAGUCCUAAACGAAUCCAAGGGGAGUGGAGACGAAUUCAUAAAUGAAGUGGCUAGCAUUAGCAGAACCUCCCAUGUUAACAUAGUGGCAUUCGUUGGUUUCUGCUAUGAUCUCUCGAUAAGAGCUUUAAUCUACGAAUUCAUGCACAAUGGAUCGUUGGACAAGUUCAUCUGCCAUCGAGAUUCUCCCGAUAAACCCGAUCAGCUGGAAACGAAAAUAUUACACAACAUCACGAUCGGCAUCGCCAGAGGAUUAGAAUAUUUGCAUCAAGGCUGCAACACGAGGAUCCUACACUUUGACAUAAAACCUCACAACAUCCUCCUAGAUGAAAAUUUCUGUCCCAAAAUUUCGGAUUUCGGGCUGGCUAAACUAUGUGAACGGAAGGACAGUAUCAUUUCGACGAUAAGUGCUCGAGGAACCAUCGGAUACAUUGCUCCAGAGGUAUUCUGCCGAAGCUUUGGUGGAGUGUCGCACAAGUCUGAUGUUUAUAGCUACGGGAUGAUGGUCCUUGAAAUGGUUGGAGAGAAAGAAAACAUUCAUAGUCAGACCAAUAAUCCGAAUUUUCCAAUAUGGAUUUAUGAACGUCUUAAUGGAGCAGAUUUGAAUCUUGAAGGAAUGACCGCUGAAAAUGAAGAACUAAUCAGAAAGAUGAUCAUAGUGAGUUUGUGGUGCAUUCAAAGUAAUCCAUCGGAUCGACCGUCGAUGACUCAGGCCAUCGAGAUGUUGCAAGGAAGCAUCGAAUCGCUGUCGAUUCCGCCGACGCCGUUUCUGUUUUCUCCUCCGAAAUCGCCUGAGAACACCUCACAUCAUCAUUUUUCACACCGUCCGGCAUUCAAGUGGAGUACAGUGGAUCUGGUUUGUCUAGCGUGUAAAACAAAUUGUGAGAUAGAGAGGUGUACGAACUCAUAGACUGGCUAAUAUGUAUUUAGUAUUUGGUUA